CAGGACUCUUGCAGCAGACAAGCUAAAAAACACAAAAAAUUUUACUUACAAUUACUUAUUCCGGAAUUUUCUGUUCGCAAAUUUUUUUGCAUAAAUUAUAAGCAAAAAACAAGAAACAUUUUUGAGGCGUAGAAUUAAAAUAAAUAAAAACGCAGUCAGUUCAGAAAGCAAAAUAACUGCAGUGAUUUAAUAAGAUUGUGAUUUAAAUUAGUGUAUUAAAAGAAAACUAGAAAAGCAAAAGACAAAUAUGGAUGAUUCACGCGAAGAGAAUCAAUUUAUUGUAGAUGAUGUAAGCAAAAUCAUAAAGGAAGCUAUAGAAUCCACCAUUGGUGGCAACGCCUACCAGCACGACAAAGUAAACAAUUGGACGGGUCAGGUGGUGGAGAAUUGCCUGAGCAUGUUGACCAAGGAACAAAAACCCUACAAAUACAUAGUGACCUCGAUGAUAAUGCAAAAGAAUGGUGCCGGUCUGCAUACAGCCUCCUCCUGUUAUUGGAACAACGACACAGAUGGCAGUUGUACAGUGCGUUGGGAGAAUAAAACCAUGUAUUGUAUUGUUUCCGUUUUCGGUUUGGCCGUUUAAGCUGAAGUCUAGGCAGGCGUUAUAAGCAGCAGUAUGUAGAGAGUCCAGUCCUAACAGAUGGGGGAGGGAAAGGAGAAGACUCUUGAGUAGUAUUCCAAUUUAUAAAUAAAAUUUAAAAUAAAUUUAAAAUUUACUGUUAAAAUAUAUAAAUAAAUAAAUUAAAAAAAAUCUAAGCCAUUCUUUAGAAAAAAAGAUACAAAAACAAAACAAUUAUCAAAACAAAAAAGAAAAAUUGACAAGAUCAAUGCAACAACAAAUUUGCAAACAAACAAAAAAAAAAUACCGUUAUUCUCUCAAAAAUGCAAAAGAAGAAGAAAAAAAUGUCGCAAAAACAACUUGUUAAAAACUUCAAUAAUUUAGAGUAGUAGUGGCUAUUUUUUCACCAAAAAAUAAAAAAAUGAAAAGUGUUUUAAUUAAAAAAUAAUAACAAAUUGCAAA